GGAGAUACACUUGCCAGAAAUGAACGAAACAUAGGAAGAUAUAAUAAGUCCGACAAAUACAACAUGGCUCCGGCAGGUUCGCUGCUUGCCCCCUUAAAUAUGAUCUCUGAGAAACACUUCUGAAAUCCGUAGUAGCGCAGCCCAGACAUCACGUAACCUUUCACCUACUUCCACUCAAUGCAUUGCUUUUUUUAGACUUCCGUGUGAAUAAACCUUAUUCAAGCAAAGGGCGAUUCCAGCAGCUUUCAGAAAUCUUACAUGGCAAUCGGUUCUGUAACAGGUUGUUUUGGAAGGCCUUUGAUGAAUAUGUGGACGAGUCUACUUGGCCGUUUUUCACUUGGGAGGCUGAGCCGAGGUGGUGUCAGGGCUCUGCAGAGGCAAGGAGAAGGGUGGAGACCCUGGAUGCCAAUGGGGUGUCGCUGGCGCCAGACACUCACGGCAGCACCCCUUCCUCAGGGUGUUGGCUCUAGUAUCAGGCAAGUUCAGGUAAUGGAUGUAGAGCGGCUGGUUCAGGUGAACUGGGAAGAUGGCAGCCACAGCUUUUACCCCUUCGUCUGGCUACGGGACAACUGCCAGUGCCCGGUCUGCACACUCCACUCGGCCAAGGCGCGUAGCCUUCUCCUGUCCCAAUUGGACAUUAACACCACGGUGGAUCGAGUCACACUAAUGGAGCCCUCCACGGUUUCUAUUGUGUGGCCUGACCAGCACACAAGUGAAUAUGAUGCAGACUGGCUCAAGAAAAGAUGCUUUUCACCUGAAGCAAGACGGGCACAGCAAGAGGAACUCUUUCUUAACAAUCGUGUUUACUGGGGCUCGGAUCUUCAGAUCCCCACUGCCAGCUUUGAGGAGGUGCUUCAUGAUGACAAAGCUGCCCUGGACUGGCUGAUGGAACUGCGAAAAGUGGGCAUCGUUCUCCUGAAGGGGGCGCAGUUGAAGCAGGGGCAGGUAGCCAGAUUGAGCCAGAGGAUCGGCUACCUGAGACUGACAUUCUAUGGGCACACAUGGCAAGUCCAGGACAAGCUGGGGGCGAAUAAUGUGGCCUACACCUCUGGGAACCUGUCUCUGCAUACAGACUACCCUGCUCUGCACCACCCACCAGGGGUCCAGUUCCUGCACUGCCUCACCCAAGCGCACCAGGGUGGUGAGAGUGAGGUGGUGGAUGGCUUCCAUGUGGCCAAUCAGUUGCACUGGGAGAAUCCAGAGGCUUUCCACACCCUCUCCACACUCCUGGUCGACUUCACCGAUAGUGGAGCUGACUACUGUGACUUUGCUGUGCAAUCCAAGAACCAUAUCAUUGAUGUGGACUGCGACGGACAGGUGGUGAGAAUCAACUACAACAAUGCUACCAGGGACUCGAUACUGGACAUACCUCUGGAGCAGGUCCAACCCUUCUACUCCUCUCUGAAAGCCUUUGUGGAUCUCAUGUACCAACCUAAAAAUAUCUUCACCUAUAAAAUGGAACUAGGUGAUGUGGCCACCUUUGAUAACUGGCGCUUGCUCCACGGGCGAAAGAGCUAUGUUUCCCACACAGAGAACCUGAGGCAUCUGGAAGGAGCGUACCUAGACUGGGACGAGGUGAUGUCUCGUCUGCGGAUCCUCCGUAAGGCUAUUCGUGGGGAGACCUAAACAUUCAAACCAUCGAGUCUCUUUCUUUUGGUCUGAGUCCUUUAAAUUGGCAUAUGGAGCAUCUGAAUUUCUGUCCUGUUUUGAAAAAAUCCUUAAUAAUAAAUGAAACGUGACAGAUAUGUUUAGCCCAGUUA